AUGCAGAAACCAACAUAUAAAAAAAUAGAACAGAUUGGAGAAGGCACGUAUGGCGUAGUUUACAAGGCGGCAGAGGUGGAGACUGGUCGAAUUGUGGCUAUCAAGAAAGUUCGUCCAUCCAAGGACGACGAGGGCAUCCCAGCCACGACUAUUCGUGAGAUAAUUUUGUUGAAAGGCCUUAAACACCCUAGCAUAAUAGAACUCCUGAAUGUCAUCCACAAGCGGGAUGACAUCUAUCUCGUCUUUGAAUACCUGAAGACUGAUUUAAGGAGAAUUCUAAACCAGAACAUCAAGUCUGGAACCCGUCUCGACUAUGAGACUGUUCUCAGAAUGUCUCGUCAACUUCUUGAGGCCGUCUUCUUCUGUCACAGCCGCAACAUCUUCCACAGGGACAUCAAGCCGCAAAACAUCCUCGUCUCUGACGACUUCUGUGUCAAAUUGGCUGAUUUCGGACUGGCUCGAAAUGCCACAGUUCCACUUCGAGUCUACACCCAGGAGAUUGUGACCUUGUGGUACAGACCGCCUGAGCUGCUCCUUGGUGCCAAAUACUACGACUCAUCUGUUGACAUCUGGUCUCUUGCCUGCAUCAUGUACGAACUGUACACGAAUCACGUUCUAUUUCCUGGUGAAUCUGAAAUUGAUCAGUUACAUAAAAUAUUCCAUGUUUUGGGCGUACCACGAAAUGAGGAGUGGAAUGGGGUAGAGAACAUGCCAAACUACGAUACACGAAACUACACGCCCAAAUUCAGCCAGAAACUGCAAGAAAUCAAACACGAUGAAUUCAGGUCAAUUUUGAUGAAGAUGCUCCGAUUCAACCCAAUGGAUCGAAUGAGUGCGGCUGAGAUCCUAAGCAGUGACCUGUUUAGUUAG